UUGAGAUUGAUUUGGACUCGAACCCCACCACUCACAGCCCAUUGGAUCCUGUCACAGUGCUCCUGUCUGAGAAGAAUCUCAGAGCAGAAGGAGGAAGAACAGCACAGCCUGAGUUCUGUGCUGGAGCUGAGAUUCUUCUCCUCGGAGGGAGAACGAGUGAGAAGACUGAUGGAGUUCUCUGUGCUUCUCUGCAAGAGGUGUACCCUCUGGGAGCGGCUUCUGCUCACAGCCUCCAUUUUAACCUCCUGGUACCUGUCUUCCACUGCCAGUGUGACCAUUGAAUUACUGCCAACUCCAGUGGCCGAAGGAGAUGACGUCCUUUUCCUUGUCCACAAUCUGCCAGAGGAUAGUAUAGACAUUACCUGGUUCAAAGGGUUGGGAAAAGAGAAACAACAAAUUGCACUAUAUGUACUACACAAAAAUUUAAGUAUGCCAGGUCCUAUACACAGUGGGAGAGAGAUAAUAUAUUACAAUGGAUCCCUACUUCUUGAAAAGGUCACCCAGAAGGAUGCAGGAUUCUAUUCCCUACGAACGUAUACUAGAGGAAGAAAAUUUAUAUCAACAGUACCCAUGUACCUCCACGUGCACGCUUUCGUUUGGAAGUGCGGACGCCUUGCUACCUUUGGCCAGCCCACUAUUGAAUCAGUGCCACCCAGCGUUGCUGAAGGGGGAAGUGUUCUUCUACUCGUUCACAAUCCACCAGAGAAUAUUUUAGGCUUUGUCUGGUUCAAGGGAAUGGCUGAUAAUAAGAAUAUUGUGGCCACCCGGUUUAUAGAAGAUAGGAAAGCAACUGUGUGGGGACCUGCAUACAGUGGCAGAGAGACAUUGCACAGUGAUGGAUCCCUGCUGCUUCACGGUGUCACUCGGAAAGACUGUGGAUUGUACAUUCUAAAAAUUCUGAAAAAAGAUAAGGGAAGUGAAUACACACAAGUACAACUCCAACUGGACACUCCCCAUUAUCAGUUCUGCAACCCUUUCGCUUCUUCCCAACUCAUGAUCCAACCAGUGCCUCGCAAUGCAGUUGAAGGGGAAGAUGUAGUUCUUCAAGUUUAUAAUCUUCCAGAAGAUCUGAAAGCCGUUUACUGGCACAAGGCAACAUACAAAACUCCGGUUUUUAAAAUUGUAAAAUACACCAGAGCCUCAAAAUCCAUCUCUUGGGGGCCUGAACAAAGAAUUAAAAAGAUAGGAUACAAUAAUGGAUCUCUGAUACUCCGGGAUCUCACUGAGAAAGAUGCAGGAAUGUACACACUAACAGUUUUAAAAAAAGACUUCAAAAUUGAAAGACUUUACGUGGAAAUUGAUGUAAAGA